AUGUCUUCCGAUGCCUUCGAGUCUCUGGAAACGCUCGCUGAACUCCCCAGCAUCCAGAACAACCUGCUCUGCGUCGUCAUCCUAGACGUCGCUUCUCUCGUGAGUUGCACGAGUGUGACCGCAUGGCUAGAGAGCCUGCGAAAAGAACAGUGUGCCAACAGAGUGUGCGUCGUCGUAUACAAUGCCCACAAGGUUGCUAAGCACGCCUACCAUCCAGAUGACAUCCUAAAUCUGCGAAUGCAAGAGCCACACAUCACAUUCCUGUUUCACGGACCCGAUGAGGGCAAAUGGCAGUCCGUCGUCUCUUCUGUUCUUCGGUGGGGCGAGAUAGCCGCCGGACUUCGCGGAAACCUGACGAUGCAGUACUUGAAGAGCGUCUUUCACAGUGCUUCCAGCAGCACGAAAAUAAACUGCGUGCUCAUCAAAAAGUGACUGCAGGGAAGGUAGUUCAGCGUGUGCGGUUCGAAGACAGCGUCAUGUACCGCGAUCGACAAUUCUUGCAAGAAAACUCGUUUCGUGACACCUGCGAAAUAAUUCGAAAGAACAACAGGCUAGCCGCGUUUUGUCGCAUUGUGCUUGCAUUUUCCUACAUUUUAGCGGUACUUUAUUGCUCACUUGCUAGUGUGAUUCGCCAUCUUUGAAAUGCUUGUCGUGAGAGCUGUAUAAACAUUCAAGCAAUGCAUUUUUUUCAGUGCCAAAAGCCAAUAAGCUUUCCACAUGUCCAUUAAUUAUUGAACGUUUUUUAAUUUAUAAACCGAUUUCUUGAAAGUCAUCAGUUUUCAAGGUUGUAUGAGGCCAGAGGAUGAAGUAUAGACAAAUACACAUAUGAUGUACCAUCGUUAUCAUGCAGACACGACUAAUGACAUCCAGAGACAUUAAUGCUCGGUUUACCACUAGUAAUUUCUGUAGUGAACAUACCAGUAUCUUGUCAUGGAAAAUGUGUUGUACCAGCAACUCUGCUGGCAAGAUAUUGCAGUGUAGCAACGGAAAACUCAAUAAAAAAUGGCAAGCGAGACCUUGUGAACUGUUUUA